UGAAUCGACAUUUCCAAUUUAAUUUUUCCUUUUCCUUUAUUUACUUUUGUGUCUUGGAUUAUCUUUUUAUUUAGAUUCUAAUUAACUUUAAUUUAGAUUAAUUUAAUGGCGGGGUCACCUUUACGCCGUUUAAUGGCAGAAUAUAAACAAUUAACUCUCAAUCCACCUGAAGGUAUUAUCGCUGGACCAAUAGACGAAGAAAACUUCUUUGAAUGGGAAGCCCUAAUAACAGGUCCUGAAGGAACUUGUUUUGAAGGUGGUGUUUUCCCUGCUCGUCUUGCUUUUCCUCCCGAUUAUCCUUUAAGUCCACCUAAGAUGCAAUUUACAUGUGAAAUGUUUCACCCGAACAUCUAUCCCGAUGGUCGAGUUUGUAUCUCAAUUUUACACGCACCGGGCGAUGAUCCCAUGGGCUAUGAAUCUUCAGCUGAACGUUGGUCGCCAGUACAAAGUGUGGAGAAAGUUUUACUCUCAGUUAUUUCCAUGUUAGCUGAACCCAAUGAAGAAUCUGGAGCUAAUGUUGAUGCUGCGAAAAUGUGGCGAGAAGAUAGAAAUCAGUUCUACAUAAUUGCUGACAGAUUGGUUCGAAAAUCUCUAAAUCUUCCCGUUUAAUCAGCACAAUUAAUAUAUAAAUCACCUAAUUGAUUAUCUAUGUGUCGUAUUUACAACAAAAACAACAAAAACAAAAAAAGGGGAAAAACAUUGAUGAAGCAAAAAAGAAACACAAUCAACUGAUAAAUUUCCAGAUGAAAACAAUUAUAAUUAUCAAUGUUUCUAUCUCUCUCUCUUCCUCAACUAUUUGUUUAUUUGUUAUCAAUUCCUCAGAUUCAAUCAGUGAAUCAAUCAUCUAAUUAUAUUGAUCUUUACUGAUAAUAUCCACUAGUAACUGUGAUUCAAUUUACGGUGAAAGAAAUUAAUUUACAACAUUUAAUCAGUCAAAUAUCAUCAAAAUUUGAUGAAUAGUCAAUUCAAAUAUUUAUAUUAAAUUUUGGAUGAUUUUAAAUCAAUGAGAAAAGUAUUUAACACAAUCAAAUGUUCAAUUUUCUCCCAAAUCAACAAGAGAAAAAGAAUAAGAAAACAAAAAAAUGAAAAAAAUGAUUCUCAUAAACAGAGAUGAAAACAAAAAUUAAAUUAAAUUGAAUUUUCACUUUUCU